AUGAUUGCUUAAGAAUGUUAGUCAUCUGGUUUUACUUUCAUGUAGACCAUGAGUUGUAGGAGCAGCCACAACCAAGUUUAUAUAAUUGUGUUAAAGCAAUAUUAUUUGCAGAUCCCAUUAAUCUAUAAAAUUAACUUAAUGGAAGUAUAAACUGCUUCAAACAGGAAUGAUUGAAAGCAAAGAUACUGUGAAUUCACUGCAGCACACUUAAAGAAAUGCCGACCAACAAAACGCUGCCAGAAAUUCGCGACGUCAUGGUAGAUAUGCACAAAUGUCACCCGAGAGAAAACAAUUAUUUUUUACCCAACUGAGAGAGAAAAGAGCCGAAUUGAAAAAGCGAAAACUCCUUCAUGGUUCAAGAACCACAGUCUCAUCUCAGGAAUUUGAUAGACGGGCUCCAAAAAGAAGACACACUCAAAGGAAUGUCAAGCAACAAAAUGCUGAACAAGGCCGCGCUUCUUCAACUACAAAUGUACAACGAGAUGAAAGAGGUGAAUCAAAAAAGCAACUACUCCUUCAUCUUUCAAGUACUAUAGUCUCACCUCUUGAAGUUGGUAGUUACGCUUCAAACAGAUGUGGUCUUAGAAUUAUUAAUCCUUCUUCAUCUCCUGAAGAAGGUAUAAAGACGCCAACUACUUCAAACAAAGGAAAAAGUAUAGUUGAUUACUUUACUAUCUUUGAAGUGGGUAAGUCCAGAAGUAUUAGUUUAAAUAUUAAGACUGCUGAUUUUAAUAAUUGCUUAUCUAUGUCUAAACAUUGACAUUGCCGAUACCAG